CACCGGAUGAGCACCCUUCCCUUCCUCCUCUCGGCCGGGUUGGUGUGUCUUCCUUCCGGCUUGCCGAAGAAAGUUGAAGGAGGUUCAGCGGCAACUGGGCUUUUACAUAAUGGAUAGCCAGGGAAGGAAAGUGGUGGUCUGUGAUAAUGGGACCGGGUUUGUCAAGUGCGGCUUUGCCGGCUCCAACUUCCCAGAGCACAUCUUCCCUGCGCUCGUUGGGAGGCCCAUCAUUCGCUCGACGGCCAAAGUCGGAAACAUUGAGAUCAAGAAUGCCCAGAAGAUGGACCUGAUGGUGGGGGACGAGGCCAGCGAGCUGCGCUCCAUGCUGGAGGUCAACUACCCCAUGGAGAACGGCAUCGUCAGGAACUGGGAUGACAUGAAGCACCUGUGGGACUACACCUUCGGCCCAGAGAAGCUCAACGUCGACUCCCGCAACUGCAAGAUCUUGCUGACCGAGCCGCCCAUGAACCCCACCAAGAACCGCGAAAAGAUCAUUGAGGUGAUGUUUGAGACCUACCAGUUUUCAGGAGUCUACAUUGCUAUUCAAGCCGUGCUGACCCUGUACGCCCAAGGCCUUCUGACCGGUGUGGUGGUGGACUCGGGUGACGGUGUGACUCACAUCUGUCCAGUAUAUGAAGGCUUCAGUCUGCCUCAUCUGACAAGACGCCUGGACAUCGCAGGCAGGGACAUCACCCGCUACCUCAUCAAGUUGUUGUUGUUGAGGGGUUACGCCUUCAACCACUCUGCAGACUUUGAGACGGUGCGCAUGAUGAAGGAGAAGCUGUGCUACGUGGGCUACAACAUCGAGCAGGAGCAGAAGCUGGCGCUGGAGACCACCGUGCUGGUGGAGUCGUACACGCUGCCAGAUGGUCGUCUGAUCAAGGUGGGAGGAGAGCGGUUUGAGGCCCCCGAGGCUCUGUUCCAGCCCCACCUCAUCAACGUGGAGGGCGUCGGAGUGGCCGAGCUCCUCUUCAACACUAUCCAGGCGGCCGAUAUAGACACCAGGUCUGAGUUCUACAAACACAUCGUGCUGUCAGGAGGAUCCACUAUGUACCCCGGCCUGCCGUCCCGGCUGGAGAGGGAACUCAAGCAGCUGUACCUGGAGCGUGUGCUCAAAGGAGACGUGGACAAGCUUUCGAAAUUCAAGAUCCGUAUCGAGGAUCCUCCCAGGCGAAAGCACAUGGUGUUCCUGGGCGGAGCCGUGCUGGCCGACAUCAUGAAGGACAAGGACAACUUCUGGCUGACCCGGGAGGAGUACCAGGAGAAAGGAGUCCGCGUGCUGGAAAAACUUGGAGUCACCGUCAGAUAAAGCGCUGAACGGACAGACCGCACACACACACACAUACACACACACACACACACACACACACACACACACACACACACACACACACACACACACACACACACACACACACACACACACACACACACAUCUCCCCCUCGCCCACAUCGCAGAGUAUAUAUCUAUUUAUCCCUCUUCUCUCUUCCGGCUCUUGAUGCUCCUCAAACAUCAGAGGGAAUCGAGCCGUCCUCUCCUCUCUCCUCCUCUCUCCUCCUCUCUCCUCCUCUCUCCUCCUCUCUCCUCCUCUCCCCUCCUCUCUCUCCCUCCUCUCUUCUCCUCU